AUGUUGAAUUUUGCGACUCAGCGAAGUCCCUCAAAUUCGAACGAUCCAGAAUACGUCCGACAGCUCUUGCGGCCUGCCGUAAUCAAGGAAGAUGUUAAGCUCAUGCAGCAAAGACGAAGGGUUUCACUAAUCCUUCGCUCACCAGCCUUUCGCCAAGAAUUAGAAAAGAUUGUCGCGUCACAAAUGCGCAAUGGAGAAUUGAGUGCCAACGUGCUGGCUUUGAAACAGCUUCUGGACAUCUUUACACCACACACGAAGUUAGGAUCAUCAGCCUUUUCCAAGGGUGCAACUCUGCCUGUCAUACCAAUAAAUGACCUUGCUUCUGGACAUUCGCCCUACUCGAAGCCGGAAAGAUUGUUGCGCUGUAAGCUUGCUGCUACUUACCGUCUCAUCGACAUCUUCGGUUGGAGCUCUGGCGUAAUUAGUCACAUAUCAGCCCGCAUUUUUAAAGACUCCGACGCCUACCUUUUUAAUCCUCGUGGCUUGCUUUUUAACGAAAUCGCGGCCUCCUCGCUGGUGAAAGUUGACUUGGCGGGCACCGUAAUUGACGAGGGCCGUUCAGGUCUGGGUAUUGAUAAACAGGGCUGGAUGUUACAUGCUACCAUCUACGAGGCCUUGCCCAAUGUGCGUUGUAUCAUUCAACUUAGUACACCUGCGACAAUAGCGGUGUCUUGCAUGAACGCGGGCCUGCUGCCGAUCAGUCAGGAGGCGAUGAUGCUGGGCAAGGUGGCCACUUAUGACCCCAGUUCUACUGUCCGCUCUGAUGAGAAUGAAGAGUCGUCAAGCACAGCAGCCGAGCGUCGCAAAGCGAGGGCUGCAGAGGAGUCAGAGGCUAUCAAGGCCUGUCUCACUGAUGGUGGGACCGAACCACGGCUUGUGCUCAUCAAGAAGUACGGCAUUCUGGCCUUGGGUCGGUCUGUGGAAGAGGCCUGGAUGAUCGCCUACCUCACCACGACCGCCUGUGAAUCGCAGGUAGGUUCUCCCGAUCCACCUUUUAUCUAA